CAGAGUGAGAUGAGUUUACACGGAUACAUUUAAACUUUUCCUCUCUUCUCAAUGAAUAUCCUUCGAAUAGUGAUGAAGGAUAUUUAAGUCAAAGACAAGUGGCAACUCCAGCUCAUUUUUGAAAUAUUGGCUUUGUCACAUUAAAUCUCCUUUUACGGAGUUCAAUAUGGGAUUACGCAUAUUUGGCACGCCACUUUACGCAUAUGCGUGCGUCUAUUUGUUUGUUUUCCUCCUGCAUGCUGUGCAGUCUCAGACAAACUCGGGGACCCAGCAAGGAAAUAACCAAAGAGCGGCUCUCCGGCAGACGCUACAGUGGUCCCACAACGGCAAGGUCUUCAGCAUUUUAAGCCAGGGCUCUGAGUAUCAGCCACCGAAACGCAGGGGCGCAUCUCAGCAGCAAGUGCACGCACGACCUGUCACCAUCAUCCGUGAUGCCAACGUGAGACAUCCGGACACCUCGAGCCAGCCUGUGGCCCCGUCUCUGCUCCAAAGGCUCGUGAGAGGACGCGAGCACCGCCAGCAUCACAAUGACCACGUCAGUGAACGCAACGGGACGCAGAGGAGCAGCAACGAGACCCAGGGAAAGGUCACCGUCAGUCCGCCUCCGGCCCGGAGAGAAGACAUGAUGGUCGGUGAUGAUCCCUACGACCCCUACAAGUCCAGUGAUGGCGAUAACCCAUAUUACAAUCAUUAUGACGUGUACGACAGACCGAGCCAGAGAUCGAGACCCGGAUAUGGCACAAGGUAUCAUCAGUAUGGUCUGCCUGAUCUGGUACCUGACCCGUACUACAUUCAAGCCUCUGCUUAUGCCCAGAGAGUCCCAAUGUACAACCUGAGAUGUGCAGCUGAGGAGAACUGUUUGUCAAGCUCAGCCUAUACAGCCAGCAUUAGAGACUAUGACACCCGCAUGCUGCUGAGGUUUCCUCAGAGAGUCAAGAACCAAGGGACGGCGGACUUCCUCCCCAGCAGGCCACGUUACUCCUGGGAGUGGCACAGCUGUCACCAGCACUUCCACAGCAUGGAUGAGUUCAGCCACUACGACCUGCUGGACGCCUCCAGCCACCACUCGGUGGCUGAAGGUCACAAAGCCAGCUUUUGCCUGGAGGACACUUCCUGUGACUACGGCUAUUACAGGCGAUAUGCCUGCACCUCACAUACCCAGGGCCUGAGUCCAGGAUGUUAUGAUACUUACAACGCAGACAUCGACUGCCAGUGGAUUGACAUCACAGAUGUGAAACCUGGAAACUAUAUCCUCAAGGUCAGUGUAAAUCCCCAAUAUCACGUCCCAGAAUCAGACUACAGCAACAACGUUGUGCGCUGUGACGUUCGCUACACUGGCAACUACGCCUACGUGUCAGGUUGUCACAUGUCAUCGUAUUAGAUGACAUGACAUCAUUCACAGGAACUCAGCAAAGAUGUUCUGUGUAUUACAAUGCAGAGGACUGCAUAUGAAAGCAUUAUUAAAUAAAUAUUAUAUUGUGAUACAUACAUUUUAAAUUUUAAAAAACUCCCAACUUGGACAGAAAUGCUAGGAAUAAUCUGACGCCAUGGUGACGGAUAAUGUUGUUGCUUGUUUUUCUCCAUACUGAUAAGUAUGUUGUUAUCUCAUCUUUUCACGAGAAUAUCUUUAAAUUCUUACUUUUAUUGCUUUGUACUGUAUGCUUGCGUUUUAUACCACUUGGAGGAGAGUUAAAGAAUACAAUCAAUUCAAUUUAGAAUCUGAAGAAGUGUGAACCAGUUUACCCUCAGUGUGAAGUCAAUAUCAAUUAAAUCACAAUUUUAAAAUGAACCAGCUUUUAAGGAAAUGUAUUUGUUAUAUUUAUAUGCAACGAAAGAAACUCUUUACUGCAAAGAUUUUAUUGAAACUGAGUUGAAUAAAACUUUGUGAUAUUGUAACACCUUUUUUCUUGGAAUGACCAGAUUAAGGGAGACUUCCCUGUCUUGCCUUGGUUUCUUAUAUUUUUCUAUGUCUUAUUGUAUUUGCCACACACACAUCACAUACGUGCACACACCAUAUAAACCGUGUAUACAAAUGGUUUAAAUGGCUGCAAACUUCUGAUUAUUUUCUUUACACAUUAUUAUAUAUAUUUUUGAUUAAUCCAUUAAUUGUUUAGUCAAGAAAAUGUCACAAAAAAUAUAAAUUUUCCCAUCAAAAGUUUCCAGUGCCCAACGUAACAUCUUCAUUCAAAUAUAAAACAGAGAGAAAGCAGCAAAGGGCCAAAUCUGAGAAGCUGUAACAUGAACAUGUUUGGCAUUUUUACAUAUAUUAUUUGUUCAUAUGUAUAUUUUGUAUAUAUUCUACACAAUAUAUUAACGUAAUGAUAUGUUUAUUGAUUACUGGUUAAUA